CGAUGGAGCCCCAUAAAGAAUAGAAUCUUUGGUCAUUGUGGAGCCCUAACACAAAAAAAAAAGAAUAUCACUGGGUUAGGUUGGGUUUGUUAUUUAUGGUUAUUGUUUUGGUUUUGUUAAGUACCAAGUCUUCUUCUCUUAUAUAAAGUCAUCAUUAUACAAUGAAUGAGAAUGCUUCUGAUGCUGAAGAGGAAAUAAUUAUAUAUGCGUCUUUUGAUCAUAAUAUUGAUAUAGAUCAAUAUAGAAGUAUACAUGUUUUGGGCAUAAAUGAAAACAAUCCAAUUAUUCAAAUGGAUAACACAUUCUUUACGGGAAAAUUUGAAAAUGCUGUUGGAACUUACAUGUUUUUUGAGGAAGAUCUUUGCCCACAAACUGAAGAUCCUUUAUUAGACAGAUUGCCAGAGAAAAACUUAAAAUAUGUGUCUAAAACAAGAAAACUACUUGAAAUGAAACAAGCAUAUGUAACUGCUAAAGAAGCACAAGAAAUUCAAAGUCAAUCGUCAGAUAAGGAAAGUGAUAUUGAAACCAUUAGUUUUAGUAACAUAGAAGAUGUACGGGCAAAAUUCAAAGAUGAAUUUAAGCUUCCAGAAGUCCAAGAUUAUAAACCAGCUGUAGCAGAUUCUGGAAUAGAUCCUAAAAGUGAUUAAUUCCAUCAGGAGUAAAAAGGAAGAUGAAAACAUCUAAACGUAACGUUACCUUAGAAGAGGUGUUUCUUCAAAUAAACCAUGAUUACGUUAAAAUCGAUAAGAAAGAAGCAAAAUAUAAUAAUGUUGUUCUACGAUUUGUACUUGAUGAAAUAUUGAAUAAGAUGCGAGAAUGUGAUUCGUUAUUUGAUAGUAUGAAACCGAAGCUAGAUUAUUUAGGCAGCUAUUACGACGGAUUGCGAGUGGGUCAUCCGACCGAAUUCGAUAUUAAUGUAAUCUUAAAACUUCCAAUCAACUACAAGAAAAUUAAAUUGGAUUGCACAAAUACUGAAUAUGACUACACAAACGUAAUAAUGCCAUCUGAAUUUCGGAGGUUGUGCAAAUCUACGACGACAGCAAGAAAAGGAUUUACGAAGACCGAACUCUGGUGCGAUAACACUCAUCGAUUAUCUGUUAAGAAAUUUAGAUCUUGGAUGCAAAGUGUUGUCGAUUCAGCUUUAAAUAAACUACCGAUGUCAAACGGACGACACGUACUUAUAGUUAAAAAUAUUUGUUACAAGUUAUCUGCCAAACUAUCUGGCCCAGCGAACACGAUUACAAUACAUAAAACUACAAAUAAUAUCGAUGUUGAUUUGGUUCCCACUUUCGCAUUUGAUUUGCCAAAAAAGCCCAUUAGUUCCGCCGUUGACUUUUUCAGAGAGGAGUUUAAAAAUAACAGUCGAUAUUUUAUUGUUCCAAAACCAACAAAAGACGAAUAUCUUUGGAGAUUGACAUUUCCAUUUCAGGAAAGGGCAUGCAUGAGGAGCAAGAACAAUUUCAAAAGCGCUGUAAAACUUAUAAAACUUUUACGCGAUACACAAAGAUUUGAUGCAUUGGCUAGUUACUAUAUAAAGACAUUAUUUUUAUGGGAAACAAAAAAGCAAAAUGACAAGUUUUGGUCACAAUCAUUAUCGAGUUUGGUGGUUUAUAUGCUUACGUUGCUAAGAGAUCAUUUGGCCAAUAAAGAAAUUAAGAAUUAUUGGUGCUCAGAAAAUAAUCUUCUUGACAAGCUCAAAGAGGAAACCUGUAAAAAUUGGGCCAAUAAACUGAGUUAUAUCAUAAAAGAUAUAGAACAAAAGAAGAACCAAAAUCCAUACUUCAUAUUGAAAUAUUUUACAAAUGGUGCCAAUCACACUCAUAGUCGAGAAGAUAAAAGAUAUUGAAGUGGCAUAUCGACAAAGCCAGCCCUUUACAAUUACAAUUACGCUUCACAGUCAGCUAAGCUCGUGGCGUUAGUGGAAGAGCUCAAAAGAAACUUCUUGUCUACCGAAAAAAUCAUAGAAGCAUAAUACAAAUGAAAUCAUUUGUAUUUGUAUAGCGUGAAGUUUCUAUAAGAAAAUGAUAAUAUAUAAUUAUGUAUUGUUUGUAUAUAUUGUUACGUAGCAAUAUAUUUGGAACAUGUUCAAACACCGUUUUGAUUAAAUACAGUAUGAUUACCCUCU